AAAUAUAAUAGAGGGACCAUUUUGUUACAUAUUUUAACUUUAGUGUCUUGUAUUACAAGGGCUGAAAAUUGGCCCGACCCGCCUCUGACCCUGUCUGAUCCGCCCCUGAAGGGUCAAGAUGUAUAACUUACCCGCCCCGACCCUGUUUCUUUCAUGACCCUGUCUUAGGGGUGUACAUGGGUCGGGUGGUCCGGGUUUAGACAUUUUAAUCACCCGACCCAUGCACUACGGUUUGGGAAAUAUUAAACACAAACCCACCCAAAAAAAUCUAAACCCUACGGUUUGUUUCUAAUUGGGUUGGGUCGGGUUGGCGAUAUUUAUAAGUAAAAACCCAACCCAACACAAAAAUAUGUAAUUAUUCUACAUCAUAAAAAUAUUUUAUAACUAAUUAAAAAUUCAAACGAAUAAAUCAAGGUGAAAGGUAUCAAAAUUCACAAAUGUUGUUUGAAUUUUAAUAAAAUUCGAUUUACUUCAACUUAUGUCUAGUUUUUUUCAUGACAUUUGUUGAAAUAGGCUAAAAAGGUUACAAAUGAACGCAUCCAAAAUAUAUUAUUCUAUUAAAAUUGUACACAAGAAAAAAAAUUACGUGAAUCAUAGCUAUAUUAAAUUUAUGUCUAAACUUUAAGCCGAAGAAUGCAUUAGAUUAGGGAGACCUUAAGAGAAAAACAUGAAAAAAUAUCUCAAUUUUCUCAUAAGUAUGACUAUAUACGACAUAAAUAUUUUUUUUGGUUACGAACUCAUACCAAUAAUUGGAACACGGGUUGGGUCGGGUUUUACGGGUUGUGUAAUAAAAAAUCCAAACCCAACCCAAAAGAGGCGGGUUGUGCAAAAGAAAAUCCUCACCCAACCCAAAACCUUCGUUUUAGCGAUAAAUACGGGUGGGUUGGGUCGGGUUGGACGGGUGAGUCGGUUUGCGGGUGUGUUUGUUCACCCCUACCCUGUCUGACCAUUUAGGGUCGGGGCGGGUCAGGAAGGGUCGGGUCAGUGGGUCGACCCUAAUAAAUAGACUACUUUUCUAAAAAUUACAAUUUGGUACCCGAAUUUAUUUUUUCUUACAUUUUAGUACCUAAAUUUUAUUUUUUACAAAAAAGUCCCUAAAAUUUGAUGGUAAAAUUACGUUUUGGUACCCAAAAUUUUUAAUUUUUACAAUUUAGUACCUAAACUUAUAAAAUUUUACAAAUAGGUCCAACAUGUUUGUAUGAUGCUAAGGGUCAUAGCAUCAUAGGUCAAAAAGUGACCCGACUUUAAAUUGACCCGACCUAUCUGACCCCGACCCGACCCUAAAUUUUACCAUCCCCUAUAUAUUUGGUUUCCCGUCGUUAUUAUAGCCGAAAUUAUUCUACAAAUCUUCGAGCCCUAGCGCAACCACUGCAGCUCUGCGAAUCUCCCAUGGCUUCCAAGCGGCCGAAUCCGAAAGAAAACCCUCCAGCUGCUUCUUCUUCCGAGGAAGACUCCACAGAUGAAGCCUCUUCCGACGAUGAACUGCCGCCGCAGUUGAGAACGUUGACUCCCCAUUCACAGCUUCAACCGAAGAAACCAGCCGUUGAGAACUCCGAUUCCGACUCCGAGUACGAAUCCGACACGGAUUCCGACUCUGAUCCGCCGCCGAAGAGCUCUGGGGUUCUGCACAACGUGAAGCCCAUCGCUUCCAAGCCCCAGCCUAAAGCGCCGGCUCCUGCCUCUUCCUCUAAAUCUACGCCGGCGACAAAGAGGGGGAGUGAAACUGAUAGGGAAGCAAAGGACUCCAAGAGGCAGAAAGAGGUGGCGGACGGCGACGGUAAGAACGAACAUACGCCAAGAGCGAUCUUUCAGCGGCUAUGGGGUGAGAAUGACGAGAUCGCUGUGUUGGAUGGGCUGAUCGAGUUCGCUGAGGAGGAAGGAGCUGAUCCCUUGAAGGACAUGGCGUAUUUCUAUGAUUUCAUCAAGAAUUCUCUGUGUGUGGAUGCGUCGCUGUCUCAACUGAAGGAGAAAGUUACCAGAUUGAGGAAGAAAUUCAUGAAUCACGCCAAAGGGAAGAAUGGUUUGGACAAGAGCUUUAGCAGAGCUCAUGACCAGAAAACUUUCGACCUUUCGAAAAUGAUCUGGGACAGCCAGGGAGAAGGACUUCUAGGCCCAAUUGCAAACGGUAAGUCGAGCGACAAAGCGAAGAAGAGCGGUGGUGCUAACGGUGUAGGUAGCAGUAAAAGUGCAUCCAAGGCUGCUGAUUUGGGUACAGCGAACGGACAUGGAAAUGCAAAGAGCGCCGCUAGUGCUGCUUUGGGAGCAGGGAAUGAAGGAGCGGAAACAAUGGAAGUCGAUGGGGUCAAUGAUCGGAAAUAUGGGUUAAGCUUUGAUUUGAGCUCAGCUGAUGCAGAAGUUGAGGCCUUUGUGGUGAACAAGGGGAUGGACAUGGUGGAUGGAUCGAAAAGAAACGAGCUUGCUAGAAGAUGGAAGGAGCUCGAUAUCGAAGCUUUGGAGCACUUUGUUAAGAGGCAACAGUUGAUCCUUGAUCAGGCUCAGUCGAUCCUCGACAGCAGCAGUAGCGGCUGAAGUACUAUUCGAAGGAAAGCUAUAUUUGGUGAAGGUAGAACUGCAGCAUCUAACAAGUCCGAUGUUCUCUUGUGUUUGUGUUUCUUUAAAUUUUAUGUGGAUGAGAUGUACCAAAUGCUUUAUCUUAUGCAGAACCUGUGAUCCAUAGUGACUCUCGAUCUGCAUUUUGCUUUGUUGGUUUGACGGAGAGAUUAGGAGGCUUUGUAAGGCAUAUUGGCAUCUCUGGUGUUUUUGGUUCUUGCUCAGUUAUUGUGUAGGUUUCGAGCUUUCUAGUGAUUGUUAAACCGGUUUGAUCGCUUUUGAUUAGUUGAAAUGGUAAGAUGUGUUUGUUGGCCUGUUGUUAUCUUUCCAGCUUAUUGAAUGGUGGCUGUGAAUGAACUUUCGCCUUCUUGAAUCUCUGUGUUGUUCCAAUUAGAUCAUGUGUACCCGAGGAUUGCCUUCUUGAAUCGGUAUAGAAGAAUGAAUGGGUGUCAGUUGC